CCUGCCACGGACAGGGACACCUCCCACUGGAUCAGGUUGAAGACACGAAGCCUUUGGAGACCCCCGUCUUCCUUUAAGGGGGGGGAUGUCCCUGAGCAUCCCCGCCCCGAGGACCGCCCCGAUCCCGGCGGAGCUUCGGGCAGGAGCUGCCAUGGAGCGGUACGAGAGGCUCGGGAAGGUCGGGGAGGGCUCCUACGGGGUGGUGUUCAAGUGCCGCAACAAGGAGACCGGGCAGGUGGUCGCCAUCAAGAAGUUCGUGGAGUCCGAAGAGGACCCGGUGAUCAAGAAGAUCGCCCUGAGGGAGAUUCGGAUGCUGAAGCAACUGAAGCACCCCAAUCUGGUGAACCUGUUGGAAGUGUUCCGGAGGAAGCGGAGGCUGCAUCUUGUCUUCGAAUACUGCGACCACACCGUUCUCCAUGAGCUGGACAAGCACCCACAGGGAGUUCCAGAGCAUCUGGUGAAGAGCAUAACCUGGCAGACCCUCCAAGCUGUGAACUUCUGCCACAAGCACAAUUGCAUCCACCGAGAUGUAAAGCCAGAAAACAUCCUGAUAACAAAACACUUGGUCAUCAAACUCUGUGACUUUGGAUUCGCCCGGAUACUGACUGGUCCGAGUGAUUAUUACACAGACUACGUGGCUACCAGGUGGUACCGCUCUCCGGAGUUGCUGGUGGGAGACACGCAGUACGGACCUCCCGUGGACGUGUGGGCCAUUGGUUGUGUCUUCGCAGAGCUGCUCUCCGGGGUCCCCCUCUGGCCCGGCAAGUCCGAUGUUGACCAACUGUACCUCAUCCGGAGAACUCUGGGGGAUCUGAUUCCCAGGCACCAGCAAGUGUUCAGCACCAACCAGUUCUUCAGCGGGGUCAGAGUUCCGGACCCAGACAUCAUGGAGCCGUUAGAAGUGAAAUUCCCGAAUAUUUCCUACUCUGCUUUAGCUCUUAUGAAGGGCUGCCUUCGGAUGGACCCUGCGGAGAGGCAGACAUGUGAGCAGCUGCUGCAGCAUCCCUAUUUUGACAGCAUUAGAGGGGCGGCAGAUGUGGGGAAAGAACGUGAGAAAACGGCUUGGAAAGCAGCCAGGCUGCCUCGGAAGCACGUACCAGGGCUGCAGCACCUGCCCCAGCUGACCAGCAGCAAUGCUCUGCCUGCCUUGGACAGCAAGAAGCAUUGCUCCAAAACACGGACGUCGAACUACCAUUUCCCUAACAUCUAACGGGUGACCAAUUACAUCUACUUAUGGUUCAGAGAUCAGCUCAUCCGGAACUUACAAGAGGAUACGUGGUGGAAAACUAAAUAAAUAGAUGCUAUGACACAUACAGAAGUGGUCUGUAAAGGAAUGUGCUCUGGGUUAUGGAUGGAAGGAAAGCGAUGCACAGAGGGAAUGCCAAGUGCACCUUGGCCAGUGUUGUGUGUACAAAGGGAAAUAUUUGUUGUGCUUUAAUUGGUGAUUGUUCCCUGGUUCAAGUUUACUGCAGCCCAGCAUUCCCAGUGUGAAUUCCAAACCUCUUACCUAUCGCUUCCCUGUUUCAGUCUUGGCAGAAGCACCACAGCUUUGCCAAAUAAAUAAAUCAGAAUCCUGCGGUGUCAAACAGUGACACCACUUGGAGUCACUGCUCCCACAAGGACCUGCAACGCAUCGCCUAUGCGAGUAGAAGAGGGAUGUGUGUGUUUGUGGAGCUGAGCCAGAAGAGAGGCUGUUUGACCGCUCCCGGUCAUUAUAAACCCGCUGGAAAGCACAGGUAGAUAACUUUACCUCUGGAUUUAUGUAUCACAGAGCGUUAGAAGGCCUGGCCCUGAUUUAGGCCCAACAGAAGGCUCAGCAGGCACUGCUCCCACAACACACAAACAGCACAACCUCCUGCUGCUUUAAUCUGUCAGAGUUUUUCCUGCCUGUUUCUGUCUUGUGUCAUGACAUUGUUUUCAUCUGCUCUUUCUAUCACUAGUGAAGUCACUUGCCUGUAGCGUUACAGACAUUUGUUUUUAUUCAAAGUAAUUGAUGACUAUGA